AUGAGAACCUCGCCGGGACUCUGGAGUCUGCUAAGACUCCCCGGAAUCUUACCAGCACUGCCCAAACGGGACGAUCUCUCCUUCACAUCUCUGGGGGCAGAGCGUAACGACGCUGGGACCCGGAACUUGUCAUCCUUGGAUUUGUCACUUUGGGACUAUGACCCUGGUCUUGUCUCUUCUCGUCUCGUCUCGCCUCGUGAAUAUAUCAUCAAUUUACUCUUGCUGCUUGGGGGAGGUUGUACCUUUUCCUCUGAUGUGUGUCUCUCUCCGUCCACACCGGUCAGUCCCGCGACCAAGGACCUCGUGGCACGAUUCUUCCACCUGGUCGACCAGCAGGACGACAACGUCGGGCCGUUGUUGGCUGAGGAAAUCUUCACGCCCGAUGCGAGAUUCGUCUCGGCAAACAGCGCAUUCCAGGGCAAGGAGAAAAUCGCAAAGAGUCGAGCCAGCGCGUGGAACGUCGUGACCUUCCGCAAACACACAGUUGACAAGGUCUACGCGGGGAGCCCAGACGGCGCGGACCUGGUCCUCACGGGCACCCUCGAGAGUCGCACGAAGGGCAGCGGCUCUACGACCACCGUCACAAAAUUCGCGGGGAGGGCCGUGGUCGAUCAGAGUGUCGAUCAGAGUGCCGGCGCAGGGCCGAGGAUCAAGCACUACCAGGCGUGGAUUGGGCAGUCUUAUGCAGCGAAUCAAUCAUGA